AUGGCCUCGUCUCAGGGGAAGAACGAGCUGAGAUUCGCCGACUGGAUGGCAACUCUGCCGGAGAGCAUCCACAGCAUCCCCCUCACCAAUUUGGCCAUCCCAGGAUCUCACGACUCCUUCAGUUUCUACAUCGACGAAGCCUCUCCGGUAGGGCCUGAGCAACCAGAAACUGUCCAGAAUUUCGUCUCUGUUUUUGGAACUGUGGCCAAAAAGCUGAUGCGGAAAUGGUUAGCCACUCAAACGAUGAACUUUACAGGUCAGCUAGGAGCUGGGAUCCGUUAUUUUGAUCUUCGAAUUUCCACCAAGCCCAGGGAUCCCGACAAUGAACUCUACUUUGCUCAUGGUUUGUUUAGUGCCAAAGUCAACGAAGGCCUCGAGGAGAUCAACGCGUUCCUCACAGAUCACCAUAAGGAGGUGGUGUUCUUGGACUUCAACCAUUUUUAUGGCAUGCAGAAAUAUCACCAUGAAAAAUUAGUGCAGAUGCUGAAAGACAUCUAUGGAAAUAAAAUGUGCCCGGCGAUUUUUGCGCAGGAAGUUAGUCUAAAGUACCUGUGGGAGAAGGACUACCAGGUUCUGGUCUUCUACCACAGUCCUGUGGCUCUGGAAGUCCCCUUCCUCUGGCCUGGGCAGAUGAUGCCAGCACCCUGGGCCAAUACCACAGACCCGGAAAAACUGAUCCAGUUUCUUCAGGCGUCCAUCACUGAGAGAAGAAAGAAGGGCUCGUUUUUUAUAUCUCAGGUGGUGCUGACCCCCAAAGCUAGCACUGUGGUCAAAGGGGUGGCCAGUGGCCUCAGAGAAACAAUCACAGAGAGGGCUCUUCCUGCCAUGAUGCAGUGGGUCCGCACGCAGAAGCCUGGAGAGAGCGGCAUCAACAUUGUCACGGCCGACUUUGUAGAACUGGGUGACUUCAUCAGCACUGUCAUAAAGCUCAACUAUGUCUUUGAUGAGGGAGAGGCCAACACUUGA